GUUUGGUGAGAAAUGUCAACGUCUCGAUGACAUUUUACGAAAAUAUCAACAAAAACUUGGAAUUUUCGGGUUUAUUUUUAUUUUGUCGUAGAACCUUCGAUGAGAGCAGUUGAUAAGUGUGAAAAUUGAAGUGUUUUAUAAAAUGUCUGUGGUGAAAAGUCCGGCUCAAAUUGAAGACCUCCCCGACGAGGUUUUGGAAUUUAUUUUAUCUCUAAUUCCACCCUAUAAAGACCUGCACGAUUGCAUGCAAGUGUCGAAAAGAUGGAGAAGAUGUGUUUUAAAUGUUGCCAAAACCAAAUUGAGGAAUCUGCAUAAGGCCAUUGUUGAUUUCGAUAUAAGAUGGUUCACUCUGACCCCCGUGGAGAUGGCCCCCACGAUAUCGAAGCGUUAUUCGCACACAGCCGCCAUUCAUGAAAAUUCGAUGUACGUUUUCGGGGGCUGCACCUGCUCCAUGACCACGUUCAACGACUUGUGGAGGCUAGAUUUGUCCAAACGGCAAUGGGUGCGGCCCCUGGCCAUGGGCACGUACCCUUCGCCCAAAGCCUGCAGCUCUCUAAUCUGUUAUAAGGACCUUUUAGUAUUAUUCGGGGGAUGGGCGUACCCACCUUCGUACCCCCUAUACCAAAGUUGGCACCUCUUCAACGAGCUGCACAUCUACGACAUCGCAGCAAAUCACUGGACUUGUGUCAACACCACCAACACGCCGCCUCCCACCGCCGGCCAUUCCGUAUCAGUUGUAGGCGAAUGGAUGAUCGUUUUUGGCGGCAUUCAUAAACCGAGCACUGCCGUUCAUUGUGAAAAAUCCAACGAUAUUUGGAAGCUAAAUUUAGAAACGUGGACGUGGUAUAGACAGGAAGUUGAAGGCGAACCGCGACCAAAUGGCAGAUUAGGACAAACUCAAGUAGUUUUAGAUCCGAAACACUUGUUGAUAAUUGGGGGCUCAGGAGGGCCCACUCUUAAUUACUGUGAUGCUUGGAUUUUGAAUAUGGAGGGGGCGGUGUGGAAGUGGAAGCAGGUGGAUAUUGAAGGGAAGGCCAACAAGCCUAAUAAUAUCUGGACCAACCCUGGCUGUAAGAUAGGGGACAAAAUUGUGAUGCUCAACCGCAUUCGCGAAGACCAAACUUGCCCAAUAGUUUACUACCCAAAGAAUUCCUGGGUGAACCGUAGAAGCCCACAAGAAGAUAGUAAAUUAGCUAGGAUAGAUUUAGCAAGUCGCGAACCAGACAGGGAUGAGAACGUCAACGGAAGACGCGGAGUUUUAAGGAACCAGAAGAGAGAAGCUGACGAUGACGACGUCUACCAACCUGGCUGUUCGAACAACCAACGAGGAGAUAUUCUAAUCAACAACUGGUCGCCACCCAUCAACAAUUUAGCUGCAUUUAGCGUCCCAAACAACAGAUUGUCGAAGUCGGACAGGAUACGGGAGCAACGUCUAGCACGCUUGUCAGAAAUUAAAGAAAAUAUGAAGAAAAAUAAAAAAGAAGAGAAGAACAAGAGUCACUAUUUAGGGAUUUACGUUUUAGAUCUUUCCAAAGCUUUAAGUUCGAGACCAUAUGUGACAUGGUUGCCACCCAAAAAUUUGGGUAACGGACCUGAAGAAACGAUUUUGUAUACUUUGCUGGCUGGGAAGUCUGAACUGGUCAUGUUUGGAGGAAUUAGAAAGGAUCCCACUUCUUUAGGGUUUUCGGUUAAUUUCAACAGUCAAAUUUCCAACAGUUUACAUUUUAUUUCUGCACCCAAUUAUGUUAUCUGAACGAAUUAUAUUAUUUUUUCUGCAAUUCUAGCAUUACUAGGGAGAAUGUGCUAGUCAUUGAAUGAUUGCUGAUUUUUUUUUGAGUUAUUGGAGAAUUAUAUUGUAUCGUUCCGUUUGAUUAUUCUGAAAUACAUUUUUUAUUAUUA